AAUUGCACAUGGCCGAUCAAAUGUGUUGCAAUAGACUUUAAACUUGUUUGGGUUUGUUUCUUUUAUUUAGGAAGAGCAAAAUGCCGAAAGCAAAAGCAGCCAAGAAGAGCAGAGAACAUGGGAAAAACAAGGUGUAUCAACAAGCUUUACAGUUCAAAACAGAGCAUGGCCAACAUAUUUUGAAAAAUCCUCUGGUUAUAACCGGUCUAGUUGAAAAGGCUGGCUUACGAUCCACAGACACUGUUUUGGAAAUAGGUCCUGGAACAGGGAACUUAACAAUGAAGUUAUUAGAGCGAGUGAAAAAGGUUAUUGCCUGUGAAGUGGAUCCUCGCAUGGUGGCUGAACUUCAAAAAAGAGUCCAAGGAACGCCUCAAGCAAGCAAGCUUCAUGUGAUGGUUGGAGAUGUUUUGAAGACAGAUCUCCCUUAUUUUGAUGUGUGAGUGGCUAAUCUACCUUACCAGAUUUCAUCUCCAUUUGUAUUUAAGCUCCUUCUCCACAGGCCAUUUUUCAGAUGUGCAGUUCUGAUGUUCCAGAGGGAGUUUGCUCAACGGUUAAUUGCUCAACCUGGAGACAAAUUGUACUGCCGACUGUCAAUCAACACACAGUUGCUAGCCAGAGUGGAUCAUCUGAUGAAGGUUGGGAAGAAUAAUUUCCGGCCUCCACCAAAAGUGGAGUCCAGUGUUGUCAGAAUUGAACCCAAAAAUCCACCACCUCCCAUUAAUUUUAAGGAAUGGGAUGGUCUUGUAAGAAUCGCGUUUGUACGGAAAAAUAAAACACUAAAUUCAUGUUUCAGUUCACGAGCCGUCGCUGAAAUGUUGGAGAAAAACUACAAGAUUCACUGCUCACUAAAUGACAUUAUGGUAGAUGAAGGAUUUGAUAUCAAAGAGAAAGUUCAAAAUCUUUUAACAGAAAAUGGAUACGACAACAAACGAGCGCGAACAAUGGAUAUGGAUGAUUUUCUCGGAUUACUUCACCUCUUUAAUUCCAACGGUAUUCAUUUUACGUGAAGUUGUCGUUGGUGUCUGAAUUAUAUCCGCUUUAAUUUCGUGUACAUAGAUAGGAAACUUUUCUAUCUAGAAUUUUAAACUGCAUUUUUUGGGUCAGUCGGUGACCUCUUCGCCGUUUAUCUGAUCACCAUCAAGUUUUUGGUAAGGUCAACAGAAAGAAACGCAUAUUUUUGAUAAGAAGAAUCUAUGUAUUUUUGGAGAGAAGACGGAGAAAUAUCGGGCUACAGCGGAUGAAAACUCUGAGCACAAAGCAUAUGGAUUGAAGAAAAGAAGGAAGUGGUGAAAAGGAACCUGUCUAAAAUUGAAAGCUGAUAAAAUUUUUCAUGUAAUAUAAAGAGGAGCCCGAAGACGUUUGCUCUGAUAACUUUGUCAGUUAACCCUACAUCGCCAAAGAAAUAAAGUUAAUGAUAUUAGAGAAAGAUGCAUCACUCAGAUCCUUUGAGUAACGUUUACUAAUAGGACUAUUAAGCAAUGUUGCCUGCUAAACCAUUGUUUUUCCCGAAACUACAUUUACGUCAAAAGAAUGCUAAAGAUGGUAAAUUUUGAGCUUGAUCUCAUUCGUUUUAUUACAAGCGUGUAACAAAGAAAAUGAAACAGAAUUCCAACUAGGAACCAAACCAUGUAUCUUGGGAUUUCGCGCUUCCAUGCUCAAGGUAAGUAAGCUAAAGAGAUGUCAAUAAUGAGCAAAGCGGCCAAGUUCGAUUGCUCUUCGAGACCACAUUAAACCAUCUCUCUCUAUGUACAAGACGCUUUCGAUAUUCAUGUUAUGACUUCAAUUUCGUCAGGAAACAGUCAUGUCUUUAUCUUCUUUAUCUUGUUAAUUCAAUUAAAAUAUUGAAAGUAAUCGGUGGAUUUCCGCAACCAGAACGUGUUGGCAUUCAAGCUAGAAGGUUCUAAAGGAAUCAAGAAGCAGUUUUGAUUUUCCUCUUACUGAUGAUUAAAAAAGCAAACCUUUAAUAAAAAAUGCAGGAAAACAAG